CUGGGUUCUCUCUGUGGCGUCACAAAGGCUCUGCCAUGCCUCUGGCCUUGGCCCUUCUGCUGCUCUUGGGCCUGAGCGCCCGCAGAAGCUGGGGCUGCCUGCAGUGUGACCACUCGGUGCAGGAGGCCCUGAGCCAGCUGCGCGUCGCCCUCAUCCCCGACCGCUUCCAUCAAGAGCAGCUGCAGGCCCGCGCUCAUGCCCUGCUGCUGGGCAUGGAGGGGCCUUUCUUUCGGGACUAUGCGCUGAACGUCUUUGUGGGGAGAGUGGGGUUAGAGCACCUGGACCUUGUGGCAUCUUUUGUCAAGAAUCAAACAAACAACUUAAUGAUUAAUUCUCUGAAAGAUGGUCCUCUGCUGGAUGAACUGGUGACUCUUAGGGAGAGAGUAAUCAAGGAACUCAAGAAAGUUUUAAGAUCGUAUGAAUUAAAAGCCUGUGAUCCCAAAAUUUGCCACUUGCUGAAAGAAGAAGUCUUGGAUUGUUUACAUUGCCAGAGGAUCAGUCCCAAAUGCAUCAAACAAAAGUACUGUUUUGUCGACAGGCAGCCCCGCAUGGACCUGCAGUACCAGAAGGACAGCAGCUCUCCGCGAAAUCCGGCCCUGCUGGGCAGCAUCAUUUCCGUGUCUUUGGCUGUCUUGGCCUUCGGGAUCAUCGUGGCUUCGGCUAUUACAUACAGGCGAAACCGAAAACUCCUGCUUCAGUAGGGCACUGGUUUUGAGGUUUGUAAGGGGAAAGGAAAAGAAGUUUAAUAAAGUCUGUGACAAAUU